AUGAAGUUCAUGAAAGUGGGCCGUGUGGCCAUCAUCACCCGUGGCCGUUACGCCGGUAAGAAGGUCGUCAUUGUCCAGCCUCAGGACACUGGCUCCAAGGCGCACCCCUUCUCCUACGCCAUCGUCGCCGGUAUCGAGCGCUACCCCCUGAAGGUUACCCGCCGCAUGGGUAAGAAGCUCGUGGACCGCCGCAGCCGCAUCAAGCCCUUCAUCAAGGUUGUCAACUACAACCACCUGAUGCCCACCCGCUACACCCUCGAGCUUGAGGGCCUCAAGGGUGUCGUCUCCCAGGACACCUUCAAGGAGGUUUCCCAGCGCGAGGAUGCCAAGAAGACCAUCAAGAAAGCUCUGGAGGACCGCUACACCUCCGGCAAGAACCGCUGGUUCUUCACUCCUCUGCGUUUCUAA